UAAAACACUGGAAGAAUAACAUGCAUAAAAUAUAAAAGAGAGUGGUUAUAUAUGCUUAAUAUUGUAUAUUAAGGUGGAAAUCUGUGCAGACUCGAUCAUAUGCUGUGACUGUUCUACAGUCUGAUGAAAUGAACAGUGUAAUCCUUUAAUCCCAUUAGAGCAUAAGAAAUAGGCUAAUCUGGACUGUAGUCAGUGGUAUAAUAACAACAUGAAAUAAUAACAACAACAAUAAUAGAACUUAAUCAUAAUUUUUCCUCAGUUUUACAGCGUCCACUUCAACCUGUCCUGUCUCGCCCUUUCAAAAUAAAGCAACUCUAGGAUAAAAAUAUAUAUAGCUGGAAUAUAGUUCCACGUAAAUAUUUGAAUGAUGUGCCACAUUGUUGUAGCUCGAUCACACACCGUCUGCGCAUUGUGCCGAAGGAUCCCCGAGAAAAAAGUCCAUUGUUGCUGCGGACUUUUUAAUCUGCGGGGAUUUAAACACAUCACAUGCUCAGACGCGGGCAGCCGGUCAACUCUUCGACCACGGAGUGCAGACAUCCAGGCAGGAGAGGAAACUGCUCACCCUGCAAGGACCCGAGACAACUUCAUACUCCCUGUCCCUGCGAUGCCAGAACACCGACAGGGAGUUCAGGGUUAGUGCGGAGUGAUCUGGACACUGGAUUGGAAAAGUUAUAAUAUUUAAAAAAAAAUCUUUUUGGGAUAAAACCCGUGACUAACUAUGACGCAAAACUACAGCCAACGGGCUGUGAUUGUCCUGUGCUUGCUGGGGGUUUUAUCCGCCGUCAUGUCCGUGCUGUCGGUCACCUUGAUUCUCCAGCUGCAGUCCCAUCAGGCGUCAGUGAAGGAGACUCCCACCGCCUCCUCGUCCACCUUGAUACCGGAUCAUGUGCGGACUGUCCUGCUGCCGGUCUCCUCCGUGCUCUGUGCCCUGUCCCUCACCCUCCACCUGAGCUGUGUGGUCAUCUGUCUGCUCCACAGCUACUUCUCCGCUGAGGUCUGCAGGGGAGAGCAGGACACCGGCAGAGGAGACUGGUUCCUGCUGGAUAGCAGAGGUGUUCGACAUGUAGCCGUUGGACUCUUUUGCACGGCUGUUUCUGUCUACCUGGCAGCCAUGUCCAUCUUCCUGUUACUAGUAUUUGAGACAGAGACAGGUAUAGCCAGUGCCUGUGUCCUUUCAUCGGGGAUUCUGAUCCUGCUCGUGGCAGUAAUUCACUCUUUAGUCAAAGCGUCUCGUAGUGCUAAGUACUAUCAGAGCGACCACCUGGACACACUCUUCCAGAACGACAACAGCAGCAGCAACAUGAACGUAUCUCGGCCCUGUGAGCUCAAAAUCGGCGUGGACAAACCGCGGAUGCACCGGACCCAGUCUCACCUGCAGCAUCAGCUUUCCUACUCUCAGUGCAACAGCACCAGACAGCGAGAACAAUACCAGCAACAGCACUACCCCGCUGUCGCAGUCCCGCACGGCCACCCCAGUGAAAACGACGGCUACAGCAACAGUGGCAGCUAUCCCCGAGUGCACAGGACCGCGUCUACUGAGUCUGGUCUGCUGCAGACCCCGACUAAACCCUGGAAUGGAGUCAACAAUGAGAUGAGGAGCGUCCUCGCUCGCAAAUCAGGCAUCUCUACAAAAGAUUCUACUUUAGUGUGAUGGAAAGAAAGCAGUUUUUCUUGGACCAGUCAGUCUCUUUGAUUUUACACUGUUUUCAACGAAUUGUGAAAAAAAAACAAACAAACAAAAAAAAAAACACUGCAACUAAAAUAAUGAAAUAUAGCUUUCAUUUUUUCUACUAAUUCCUGUCUGGAAUUAUAAAGAAAUUAAGCACAGGCAUGCACAUCUUGUGUCAUUUUGAUUUUUUUUUUAUAAUUAAAAAAACCCCAUAAUAGAAAAUUCAGUUUAUAGGAUAGGUUUUUCUCAAGUGUUUAUCAAUGAGUUUCAAUUAUUUUAUGUUUUUGAGUUGUUUACCCACGACUUUUUACCCAUAUUGAUUUAAACAUAGAAUGACUCUGAACUAUUAAACAAGGUAUGUUCACACAAUGUGGACAAGAUGUUGUUUUACUGUAUUUCACUCAUUUACUGUCAAAAACGUAUUGAUUUAUUUUGUUAUGGGCGCAGCUGAGUUAUGUUAUAUUGAGGAAAAACAGCAAAACACAUGAUCACGGGAAAGUGGGUGUGGCACACAGAGCAAAGAAAAAGAGGUAGACAACUGUAGGUGAAGGAUUCUAUCGUAUGAGAUGCAUGAAAGUGUUGAUGGGAACAAGGAAAAGUUUUUGUUAAUGAGAAAUGGCGCAAAAAUGAUUCACAUUGGUUCACGCUGUAGACUAGACAUUGAUUAAAAUAAUGCUGUCAGAUAAAAAACAGACCAGUGCAACUGAAUCAUUCUUCUACAUUAAUUUACAGGGCAUUAACAAGUUACAGAGCAACAGAUCAUUAGCACAACAACACACCAGCCCAGUGAACUUUUCAAAAUUAUGUGGAGGUUAUCAAACAUGUAAAUGCCACUGAAAAAUCACAAAAUGCACAAUCUGUCACAUACCUAAACGGUACCGCACAAUUAGGAUAUGAAAAAAUACUAUUUUCAGUCCUAUAAUAAUUUUGUGGUUUUUCCAAUCUUAA